AGGAGGGCAGCCAUAUUUGAUUCGAUUAUCUUGGCUCCGAGUAGUUAGCUAGCUAGUUGCAGUUGUUCUGAUAAAAAUUGUUGCUGGAUUAUAUUACACAAGUUUUCCACAACAAAGAAUAGCAAUAUUUUAAAGAAUAACUGAUUAACGUUACCGUGCUUAGUCAACGAUGAAUCCCGAAUAUGACUAUUUAUUCAAGCUGCUUCUGAUUGGCGACUCUGGCGUUGGAAAGUCUUGCCUCCUCCUCCGAUUUGCAGACGACACAUACACAGAGAGCUAUAUUAGCACUAUUGGAGUGGACUUCAAAAUUAGGACCAUAGAAUUAGAUGGAAAGACCAUCAAACUUCAGAUUUGGGACACAGCUGGCCAGGAACGGUUCCGGACAAUUACAUCCAGUUACUACAGAGGAGCGCAUGGCAUUAUUGUAGUGUACGAUGUCACAGACCAGGAAUCCUUCAAUAACGUGAAACAGUGGCUACAGGAGAUUGACCGCUACGCCAGUGAAAACGUGAACAAACUGUUAGUAGGCAACAAAUGUGACCUGACGACAAAGAAACUGGUGGACUAUACGACAGCAAAGGAAUUUGCUGACAAUUUAGGGAUCCCCUUCUUGGAAGCCAGCGCCAAGAGUGCCACCAAUGUGGAGCAGGCCUUCAUGACCAUGGCAGCUGAGAUCAAGAAGAGAAUGGGCCCUGGGGCCACGGCCGGAGGCUCUGAGAAGUCCAACGUCAAGAUCCAGAGCACGCCAGUCAAGACCUCCUCUGGAGGCUGCUGCUGAGGCCCUUCAGCCCCCCAAACGCCAUCCACCCAGACCCCUACCUACCAAUCUCAAAAGUUACCAUGCUCCACAGGGAUAGAAAAAGACAAAGGAGAGAAAGAAAGAUGGCGAGAGUGACAGAGAGGGAAGACUGAGUGGCCUGAAUUGUGUGUGCAGUUGCAAUACCAGAAAUAUGUCCCCCCCCCAACCCCUAACAAGGUCAGCAAUAGGAUGGUAAGCCCAUCCACACCCACAGAAACACACUAACCUAAUGUGGGAUAUUUUUACAUAUUACCAAAACAUAUACCUAUCCAAAAUAAGAUGUGGCAACUUAUCUAGACAUUUUUAAACAAGGCGCAAGGUGAUAAUUAUGAAUGAGAGGAAUAUGACAAAACCUUGCCCGACUCUUUACUCCAGGUCUGGUAAUUAAUAAUCAAUUUUUCUAAGAUGGUUGUGUUCUCCUAAUUUCACUGUGGAUAUCAGCAUGACUUUGGCCUGAUCUCCUCAGAAGACGAAUUAGGAAGCACUCCCAAUGAAGCACAUGUUUUAAAGAGCAUUAUACAUGUCGGCAGAACUGAUUACUUUACCCACAAAGCAUCUGGAAUGCACUCAUCAUGACUAAGCACGUCUGCUCACUGUAAUCAACCCAAAUUAUUUAGAGGAAAUAUCAUUCAAUGUCACGUGGUCCAACUUCACAAUGUUGCCCCAAAUAAUGUGCCAGUGCCUUUAUGGCAGGAUGUAUAUAUGAUAUGCCUUUGGCACACUGCGUUGUUGGCAUGUCCUUCCAGCCUUAGAGACCUUUUGUAUGCCCAUAAUGGUUGUAUGCCCAAGCUCUUCUCUUAUUUGGGUUUAGUCUAAUGAAUUUUGUAUGAUACUAGCAUUAGUCAACAUUCCUGUACAGAGAGUAAUUGUUCUGCUGACAUACAUAAUACCGCAUGGACACGUGCUACAUUGAAAGUGUCAAUGACGUUUUUCCUCCGCCAGUGUCUCUCAACCAACAGCACAACAAAGUUUCACCACACGAUGAAAGAAUUCUACCAACUGUAUAUAUUUAUACAUAUAUGUAAGAACCGAUUAGCUAAACCUGUAGAGAAGCAAGUGAAAUAUGACAUCAUGAAAAGUAGCUGAACAUUUUUAUUGCGGCACGUGAUUUGUGGCUGAGGCCUUGACAUUUUUGUGGCACAAUGUCUAUUAAACAAUGAAGGAGAUCUUUAAUAAA